GCUUGCUGAAGAGAUCCACUAGUUUCAUUGGAGAGAUCUUCAUUUGAUUGGAAAUUGCUUCUGGUGUAGGAUUGACUAAACAUUUGCUGACACUAUUGGAGGAAUAAUGCAUUUCAGUUCAAAUGCAAAGCAGUUUGUUCUCCUUCUCAUUGUUGGAAUUGUUUUGCUUCUGGGGUAUGUUCACUACAGCUUCUUCAAUGAAAGGCUCAAUGGGGUUUGGUUUGACUCUUCCAACAGAGAUAUCCCGGUUGAUAAGGACCAGAGGAACACCAGUCUGAGUAAGUCCAUAUUCAGGAGCAGAGAACAGAACAUCAUCUCUCCAGAAAGGCUAUUGUACAAGCAGCCCAGUGUCUUGGCGGGUCGUACUGAUGUGGUGGCAGUCACCCCGUGGUUGGCACCCAUCGUCUGGGAUGGAACCUUUGACCCUGACCUCGUCGACACAAUCUACAAGUCCAUGAACAUCACCAUAGCAACCACCGUGUUUGCCGUUGGAAAAUACGUCCUCUUUCUCCGAGAUUUCCUGGAGACAGCAGAGAAACACUUCCUGGUCGACUUCAACGUGCGCUACUACGUUUUCACAGAUCGUCCCGACGAUGUUCCGUCAGUGAACCUGUCUCAGGGGAGACAUUUAAGUGUGAUCCAGGUGCCAGGUUCAAACCGCUGGCAGGAGAUAUCAGCCCGGAGGAUGGAGAUCAUCCAGACAGCCAUCGAACGUCAGAUCAGCAGGGAGGCCGACUACAUCUUCUGUCUGGACGUGGACAGCAAGUUCCACGCUCGCUGGGGAGCCGAGUCUCUGGGCAGGCUGGUUGCUGUGAUUCACCCAUGGUUCUACCAGGCGACCCGUGACCACUUCACAUAUGAACGGCGUCCAGCCUCGACAGCCUACAUCCCCAUGGAUGAGGGAGAUUACUACUAUGCCGGGGCCGUGUUCGGGGGGUUGUUGGAGGAAGUGUACACACUAACAAAGGUAUGUCGGAACCAGCUUGAAGAGGACGCAAGGAAUUCCAUCGAGGCUGCCUGGCAGGAGGAGAGUCACCUCAACAGGUACCUGCUUUACAACAAGCCCAGCAAGCUGUUGUCUCCAGAGUACCAGUGGGAUGACAAGAAGACCAAAACCAAAGAGGUCAAAGUAAUUCGCUUCUCUUCUGUCGUUAAAAACUAUGCUGAAAUUCGUCCCAAUGUAUAGGACUAGGAAUUGGAUAUUCGACCGACAGAAGAAAAACUUAAUAGAUUAUGGUUAAUGUUAGUUUAAGUUCAGGGGUUUGGGUUAAUGUUAGGUUAAGUUCAGGUAUAGCUCCACUGAGGUUUGGGUUAAGUUCAGGUAUAGCGUUACUGAGGUUUGGGUUAAUGUUAGGUUAAGUUCAGGUAUAGCUUCACUGAGGUUUGGGUUAAGUUUACUGUAGGUUUAGUUCAGGUAUAGCUUCACUGAGGUUUGGGUUAAUGUUAGGUUAAGUUCAGGUUAAGUUCAGGGAAAGGUAUAAAAUGUCACAUUGGAUAUACAGCUGUCCGGCCCCAUUCAUUUUGUGUUGGUGAAAUAUAGACACUGACAUAAAUGUACUAUUUUAAAUGUACUGUAUAUCAGUCACUGUUGUAGUUUGGGGAUAAUAACGUUCUUCAUUUAUAGGAAAUUAAAUAUUUUGUAUUACCUUAUUCAUCCUGUAUUCUGUAGCCUAUCUACUGUAUGUUGAUUACUGGUAAAAACAUCAAUAAAUAUAAUG